AUGUUGGCAAUGGAUCAAGGAGUGGUGGAGGAAUGGUUGUCAGAAUAUAAGACACUCCCUGACAGUGCUGUGUCCUCCUACGCUGCCGCUCUAAAGGACAAAGUCUCUCUGAUUCCUGCACUUUACAAAGUUAUUCGAGAAAACUAUAGUGAUUUGCUGGAGCCAGUGUGUCAUCAGUUGUUUGAGUUUUACCGAAGUGGUGAGCCACAGCUGCAGCGCUUCACCCUGCAGUUCCUGCCUGAGCUCCUGUGGAGUCUCCUGUCCGUCAGCGCUGCCAGGGACCCCCACACCUCCGGCUGCAUAGAGGCCCUGCUGUUGGGCAUUUACAACCUGGAAAUUGUGGAUAAAGAUGGACAGAGCAAAUUGUUAUCGUUUACUGUGCCGUCUCUCUCCAAACCAUCACUAUAUCAUGAGCCUUCAACAAUUGGCUCCAUGGCUCUUACUGAAGGUGCUUUAGCCAAUCAUGGGCUGACCAGGGUAGUAUACAGUGGGCCACACUUACAAAGAGAAACCUUCACUGCACAGAACAAAUUUGAGGUCCUGACGUUCUUGCUGCUGUGCUACAAUGCAGCACUGAGCUACUUGGGUAUAACUUCACUGCAGUCUUUGUGUCAGCUCAGCUCCAGAGUAUGUAUAUGUGGUUACCCACGACAACAGAUUCGGCGAUAUAAAGGAAUUAGCACCCGCAUGACUGUUACGUCAGAGUUUCUGGUCCAGCUCAUCACUGGGAUCCACUUUGCUUUGUGUAACGGUGAAGUGGAGCUCGGAUCCAAAGCCCUGGAUGAUGUUUUGUACCGAGCCCAGCUAGAGUUGUUCCCUGAAGCGCUUUUGGUGGGGAACGCCAUCAAAUCGUCUCUACAUGGAGCAGCUUUGAAAAAUAAUGCAAAAGAUGGUGGCAGGAGUAUCCAGGUAGAGAUCACACCUACCUCCUCCAGGAUCUCCAGAAAUGCUGUCACGUCGCUCUCCAUCAGGGGCCACAGGUGGAAACGACACGAGUCCCAGGAAAUGAGUGUAGACAGUGAGGCUUCGGUCGGGGCCGUGAUCAUCCCAGAGAUCAAUGUGACAAGCGUGAACUGCGAACGCAUGCCCAACGGAGAGUCCCUGCGGCACCGCCCUGACACCGACACGCUGUGUGGCACCUCUGAGGUCAGCGUGGACCCCCGCGGUCAUGAGGGAGGAGCCAACACUAAGGGUCUGCAACAGUCUUGGGGUAACCUAGACGCAGUGGAUUUGGGUUCCCCGGACGAGCUGAUGGAUAUUUCAGAAUUGGAUGAAGGGGUGUGGCCAGGAGGAGUGGGUCCUGAAAUUACUCCACCUAUGAUCACUAUUAGCAACAGUGUGACCACUUUGAAUCUUGGAGCAAAAGCAAUGAAGAAAUGCAGGAUUGGUGGUCGCAUCAGUAAAGACAAGGAGAAAGAGACUUCAACCCAAGCUGUAAACCGGGUGAACAGCGAGUCUGUGGAGCUGAAGCGGCUGACCCUCACCUCCAGCCAGUCUGUCCCAAAAGGAGGAGCGCUCACCAAUCUCACCCGUACUGCCAGUGCCGUUUUCUCCCGUUCGUUCGAGCAGGGAGCCGGUGGCAAUGCUCCUCCUAACUGCAACCACACAACCUCUGAAGCAGGCCGCUACUCAUGCAGCCUGCAGGAGGAAGGCCUGGGGUACUUGAGUCCCGGGCCAAACCAUACACAGCGUUCUCCCAGCAUUAGUGUUCAUCUCGGCUCUGAUCUUUAA